GUAUAUAAAGAGACUAAACAUCAGAGAAGAACGAAACGAUUCUUUUUUCCUCGACAGAAUUCAUCGGAAUUGCAAAGUGUUACUAAAAGUGUAACAUUUACACAAAAUGUUUUAUUGAAAAUUUAUGAGUAAAAAAACCGGAUUGCCAAGAGACACACGCAUUAAUUUAAUUAAGAAAAAAGACAACAAAAAAAGCGAAGAAAAUAAAAAAAAAAGAAAUAAACAAGCGAGCAGUGUAUAUACAUAUCUGAAAAACGCACACUCCAACCCAACGUUGACUGGUUCGCAGCUGAUUAAAGUGUGUUGUGUGUGGUGUUUCUGUAAAAAAAAUCAUUUUUUUUCGUUGAACUAACAUUGCAAAGCUCAUUCAAAGUUGUUGGUGUCUUUUUAAAAUAAAUACACGAAACAGCUCUUGUCACUCGAUUAGUACGCUUCUGACGGUUCAAGUGAAUGAAUUAGUAAAUUUUUUCAAUAUAUAAAGAAAUCGGAACAAAGUCAAUUCAAACAGAGAGAGCAUCACUGAAUGCUAAAUCAAAAUACGAAAGAUACGAAAUCAAAACAAUCAGCCGUUUCCUUCAUAACGAUAUAGUUUAUGAGUGUGGAAAAUUGAAAUUCAAUUUUCCAGUGUAAGUCCUUUUAUCAGUGAUUCAACACGUCCAAUCGGUAAAGGAAAAAAAUCGAAAAAGAAAAUUUUUGUCAGUGUGAAAAUUCGCAGCUAUUUUUGUAAGCUGGCUGACAUUAUUCAAGUGUUUUCCGAACAUUUUCAUUUCGAUGUGUACGUCUCGUUGCCGUUCUGUGUAGCUGUUCGUGUUAUGAAGGACAUUCAAAGUUUUAUACGACACACAUCCUCCGAUCAUUUCUGCGAACAAUUUGCUUUUGUUUACAAGAAUCUUGUUUUCAUUUAAGAAAAAGUUGAAAGUUUUUUUCCUUUUAAUUUCAUUUGGAAAUACGCAAAAUAUCCACACAAAACUUUUCCAUAUUUUAUUGUGUUGAUCUACCAAUUUCCAACUAAAAAAAAUUAAUAAAAAUUUGUGUGUACGCUGCCGCUGCUCUACAUUACAGCACUAGCGCUCUCUGACAACGACGAACGAUAAAAACGAAUUUUCGGUUUUUCAUUUAAUGUGUAUAAAUUAGUGAGCGAUAAGACAAUUUUUGUUAUUCCUUCAAUUGCUCUGUAACGUGUUGUGUGUUGUGAAAUUCAAUUUUUUUUUCUAUUUCAUCGUUUUUUUUUGUUUAACUUCGUAUAUCAACUUUGAUCUUGAGAUAUUGAAGCAUUGAAACUAUAUCAGAGAGAGAUACUUGUCGUACAUACAAAAUACAAAAUCAAAUAUUUGUGGUGAGUCUGUCGGUGUUUAUAGAACCUACCAUAAUAACAACGUAGUGUCGACUUAUUACACAAUAUUGAGUGCAAUUAUAACUUCAGUGCAUCAGCUGUAAAACACACAGCUCAUUGUAGUCCGUAGGAGUGUUAAGUGUAUUUUGGCAAUUAUCCCAAAGUAAGGUCAUUCACCUAAAUUAUUUACAUUGUAAAUUGGUCCCAUUGGUGCUCGAAAAGACGGCAUAGAAUCGUCAUUUGGAUAAAAUAAUAUUUUUUUUACAAAAAAACGAAAAUUUGAUGUUUGUGAAUUGCAACAACAAAACAGUCAUGGCACCGAUUGUUAUGAAUGCGUCCAAUGGACUAGCGGAAAAUGGCAAAUUUUCAUCGACACAAAAUUCAAAUGAACCAUCGCACACAAUAACACCAUGUCCACUAAAAGCACCCCUUGUUGUGACCAUUGUUGGACUGCCAUGCCGUGGCAAAUCGAUGGCAGCCAAACGAAUCGCUCGCCACUUAACGUGGAGAGGGGAGUACCCAAAAGUUAUUCGUGUGGAUGUUAACGCCAAGACAGAUACGUUAACCGAGAUUAUGAAUUGGUUCCAAAGUGGUAAUAAUGUUGCCAUCGUCGACGGGAUGCAUUUGACGCGUCAAACACGUCAAUUCCUAACAACGUUUUGCAACGAAAAAAUAUUCCACCAUCUGUUCGUCGAGUUCGACUGUGACGAGAAAAGCCUUGAAGACAAUAUCCGCGAAACGGCCCUUUUCUAUAAGAAUUUGGACAGCACAAUGGAUUGGGUGCAGAUCUUUCGGGACAAGUUGGUCCAUUGCAGCGAUCAAUACGAAAUAUGCAAACCGGCCAUCGAAGGACCCAUGAUCACGAUAACAAAUUCGGAAAAUCCACUAGUACAUUCGGUGACAGCACGCGGAGUUCAGGGAUAUCUGCAGACAAUGAUUUUGGGAGUGUUGUCCAUGCCAGUUAUUAAGCAUCAAUUGUACUACUUUACUCGCCACGGUGAAUCCGAGUAUAAUGUGCUGGGUCGCAUCGGUGGCGACGCAGAUCUUUCGUCGAGAGGCAGAAGUUAUGCUGACCUUUUGACGAAAUAUUUGACUGGUGGAACGAGUUCCGGAGCUAUUCCUCCAAAGUUGAUCUGGACAUCAGAACUCUGCAGAACCAUUCACACGGUCGAAAAAAUUCCCGGACCCCGAGCAGCCAUCAGAGAUUUGAACGAAAUCAACGCUGGAAUCUGUGAAGGCUUAACGUACGAAGAGAUUCACGAACGAUUUCCGCAAGAGUUUGCCUGGCGCGACCAAGACAAAUUGAAGUAUCGAUAUCCGCAUGGCGAAUCCUAUCUAGAUCUUUUACAACGCGUUGACAGCAUCGUACAGGCCCUACUUCCAAAGACAGAUGUUCUGGUUGUAUCUCAUCAGGCGGUGCUCAGAUGUAUCAUGGCCUACUUUAUGGGAUCGACGCCUGAGGAAGUUCCAUACAUAAAUGUACCGUUGCAUACGCUGCUAGCCGUGCGGUCCUAUGGCUAUGAAUUUCAAGUGGAAACAAUACCGUUGCAAGUGAAAUGUGUGGAUACGUUUCGACAACAGCCAAAGAACUGCUCACCUGAACGUAGCGAGGCCGAUGUCCUUGAAACCGUUCCAGCUCAUUUCGACGCAAUUGUGCCACAUCUUAUCAAUUAAAAAAAGAACCACCCCCAUUACCACCAACCAUUUUUACAACCACAAAGAUCUAUUUAUAAUUUUCUUGAUUUUUUUUAA